AGAUCUCUUCUUUUUAUUUCCUAUUGAAGUACAUGCUGCUGAAACUUUCCUAGGGAAUUAUUAUGCCACUAUUCAAACGCCCCUUAAAUGAUUAUUCCAGCAUUUUUUUAUGAAAUGUUGUUGAUUCAACAGCUGAUGUGGUCAACAGAAUUUUCACUUUAAGACGUGCUACAGAAAAGUAGUACUAAUCAUAUCCAGAGAUUUCAAAGCAAUUAAGGAACCUACUUUUGGCUGGUCAAUGAAGAAAACUGGCAGGUGCCGGUGGGGCCAUUGAUUUGAAAUGUAUCUUUUUAUAUGUAAAUAUACUGUAGUGCGCAAUCGAUAGUUAGGAGAAAAUCAAGAGUCUUUGGAGAACCUGCAUGGUUCUCAUUUUUUUGGGCGUGUGACAUUGUUAUCUCAUCUGCUAUGCCAGACUGUAUACCACUCAUCCCCAAGUUCCCAAGUGGCUCUUGUUCACUUCCAUUUGCUCCUCACAUUCGUUGCUAUCUCCCAAUCACCUUUUCUUGCUUUAGACCCCCAAAAUUUUCUGUUCUUGCUUGCCUCACCUUCAUCCUCUUGCAGCUUGCCUAUACAAGCUUGCCCACCACAAGCAUACCAGCAACACCACGGUGCACGUGCCAGCAUGAGUGGAGAGACUAGCAGGGCCUAAAGGGCAAUGUUAUUCUGCCAUAUAGAACCAACCUGUUGAGUUGAAUUAUUGGUGUAGCCAUGUAUCCUCCAAAGAUCUUGAUCCUCCUCCUUGUUCUACCUUUAACUUUUUCUUCUUCCAGAUUUGCCAUGAGCAAAUCCUUUGCUUUGAAUGUUGAGCUUGGCACCAUAUGGCGAAAUAAUCCCUCCCUCCUCCACAACAUUUCUCCAGAUGAUAACUUCUCUUUGCGCAUCAUCCUCCCUAUGGAUGCGUUCACGACUUUUAUUAGUGGCUCGUAUGAUUCUAGCAUUCCUUCAUUUGCCUGCGGCUUCUUCUGUGCAGGCGCUGUGGCUACCUGUGAUGACUACAUCUUUUCCAUCUUCUUUGUCAGUGUUUACAGCUUCAAAGAUGUAGUUUAUUUAAAUUCGCCUGAGGUGGUCUGGUCUGCCAACCGUGAUCGCCCGGUCAAAGAGAAUGCUAGUGUUCAACUUACUGAACUUGGGGAUUUGGUGCUCUUUGACGCUGAUGGAACACUGGUUUGGUCUACCAAUACUACGGAGAAGUCUGUUGCUGGCAUGAAUCUUACCAGCACAGGCAACCUGGUGCUGUUAAAUCAUGCGAAUAUGGAGCUCUGGAGGUCUUUUGAUCACCCAACUGACACACUUGUCACCGGGCAGGUUCUACAAGAGGGGCAGAAGCUCAUGGCAAGCACCUCGAUGACAAACUGGGCCAGUGGAAAAUUUUAUCUCACUGCCCUUCCUGAUGGCAUGCAUGCAUUUGCAGGAACUGAUACUCCUCUAUCAUACUAUCAGAGCCCCACCGGUGGAACUGUCAUGACAAACAGGUCAGCAUACGUUGCACUCAAGAAUGGCAGCCUGGAGGUGUUCACUUGUUUCCGGGAUACAGAGGCACCGGAUUACCAGAUCCAGCUGCCCAGGGAUGACUAUGGGCUGGUGUUUGUGAGGCUAGAGUUCGAUGGGCACCUGAGGUUAUAUCAGAUGCCAAACAACAGUUGGUUGACUUCAGAUGUUUUUGAUAUAACUGAUCCUUGUGCUUAUCCUCUAGCUUGUGGCGAAUAUGGUAUUUGUUCGAAUGGACAGUGCAGCUGUCCUGAUGCUGCCAUUGGCCAAUCCGGAUUGUUUGAACUAAUUGAUCCAAGGGAGCCUAAUCGUGGCUGCUCGCCAAUAGAUUCAGUAUCCUGUGAUUCGUCACAGAAGCCUAGGCUUCUUUCCCUUCCCAACAUCACUCGCUUCAACGGUGUCUACAAUUGGACAACAAGUGAAGAGCAAUGCAAAUUGUCAUGCUUGAAUGAUUGUUCGUGUAGGGCUUCAUUCUUCCAGCAGUUUGACACCUCCACUGGUUACUGUUUUCUUGCAUCUGACAUAUUCUCCAUGAUAGAUGCAAAUUCCCCAGGUUACUCAAGCAAUUUUAGUUCUCUGGCAUUUGUUAAAGUUAACGGAGCUACCCGCAACUUUGUGCUAUCUCAAGGAAAAUUAACCGUUGCAUUGGCCGUUGGUUCUUCAACUUUUAUUGCUUUAGUUGUUGUUGCAGUGCUUGUAGUUUUACGAAGAAAUAGGGCAGGGCCAUUAGAAGAUGAUGACAUUAUCGAUCAGUUACCAGGGCUACCUGCAAGAUUUUCUUUUAUGGAGUUGAAGUCGGCAACUGAAGAUUUCUCAAAAGUGAUUGGGAAAGGAGGAUCUGGUUCUGUUUUUGAAGGACAGAUUUGUGAUAGGCAGGUUGCUGUGAAAAGAUUGGAUGGCAUUAAUCAAGGGAAAAGGGAGUUUUUAGCAGAGGUUCAGACUAUUGGAAGCAUCAACCACAUAUAUUUGGUGAGGCUAAUUGGAUUUUGUGCUGAAAAGUCGCAUAGGCUUCUUGUCUAUGAAUACAUGCCGAAUGGAUCUUUGGAUAGGUGGAUUUUCCAAAGGCACCAAGAAGCACCACUUGAUUGGAAAACCAGAUUGAGGAUCAUCACUGAUGUAGCAAGGGGACUGGCUUAUCUUCACAGUGACUGUCGGGAAACAAUCGUUCAUCUAGACAUCAAGCCACAAAAUAUCCUUUUGGAUGAGCAAUUCACUGCCAAGGUAUCUGACUUUGGUCUUGCCAAGCUAAUUGAUCGCGAGCAGGGCAGUGUCAUGACUAGAUUGAGAGGCACGCCAGGUUACUUGGCUCCUGAGUGGCUGACAUCUGUGAUCAACGAGAAGGUUGAUGUGUAUAGCUUUGGCAUUGUCAUCAUGGAAAUUAUUUGCGGUAGAAGUAAUUUGGAUUACUCACAGCCUGAGGAAAGCUGUCAUCUCGUCAGCAUGCUGCAGGCCAAGGCCAAAAAUGACCAGCUGUUGGACCUUAUCGAUCCGCGCUCCGCUGACAUGCAAUGCCAUUUGGAUGAAGUGUCGCGCAUGAUGAAUCUGGCAAUGUGGUGCCUGCAGGUUGAUAGCCGUCAACGGCCUUCAAUGACUGAAGCCGUCAAGAUCCUGGAUGGUACAAUGGAUGUUGAAACCGAACUUGAUUUGGACCUUGUAAACAUAGACCUGAUGGUGGCAAAUAGAGCAGUUCGCGGGAAGACUGCUGCAACUCUGCAGAUAGACUCCGUCCUUUCAGGGCCAAGGUGAGCGCUAGCUCAAGGUUUGGAACAUGAUUUUACAUCUGUCCUGUGCAGCAUCAUGAUUUAUUUAGAUCCUAAAGUUGUGAUAUAGAUCGCCUCCUGGUAUCAAUAGUUACACAGUAUAAUGGGUAAAAACUGUACUUCCCGGGUUACAUUAUUAUUUUUCUUUCUGAACACUGUAAUUGCCUGAAGUUUGAUAUGUAUGCAUCUGUGGUGAGGUUCUAA